AUGAGUACAGAAGAAAAGAAUACUACAGAUAAAAAGGAAAAACUUGACAAUAUCACCAGCAUUCGAAGUGUCGGAAGUUAUUUGCAACUUGAGGAUCAUGAAAUUGAUUUGAAAGCCGUGACUUCGAAUCCAAUUUCACUUGGCGAAGUUGGUGCCUCGCUUACAGAUGAUCAGAAAUUGCUUAUUUUGAGGAGAGUCCAUCUUGAUAAGUUAACUUCAUUUGAAGAAUUGCCUCCCCAAGCUGCUUUCUAUAUACAAAAGGUUGAACACUUGACCACCACUGAAGCCCUCACAAUCUUGAACCAAGCAGUGAUUGAUCUUGAUGCAGAUGCUAAUUUCCCAACCAAGGACUACAAUUUGUUGACAAGCUUGGUGCAGAGUUCCGAAUCGAAACAAUUUAAUGCCAAAGAAAAGUUGGCGUCUGCCUUGGAUGGAAGCUCAUCAGAACAAUCAUUAGAAAAGGAUUAUGAUACCCAUUCAAUAGUUGAUUGGGACUUGCAAGUUAGAUUGGAAGCUGUUUUGAUUGCUUACCACUCCCCAUACCCUCAAGUGAGAGCAGUCACUGAUCCGUAUGAUGACCCAACCAUUCCUGUUGAAACCAUUAGAGUUUAUAUUCUCGGCAUAAUUUGGACUGCCAUUGGAGCUGUUAUCAAUCAAUUCUUUUCAGACAGAUUGCCAAGUAUAUCUUUAGAUCCUGCAGUUGUUCAAGUGUUUCUCUAUCCUUGCGGUAUCCUAUUGGAAUAUAUCUUACCAAAGAAGAAGAUCAAGAUUUGGAGGUAUACAAUUGAUCUCAACCCUGGACCAUGGAACUACAAAGAGCAGAUGUUAGCGACUGUAUUCUAUUCCGUAUCCUGUCCUAUUGGUACGAGUUACGUUUCUUCCAACAUUACUGUUCAAAAGAUGGAAAUGUUCUACAACAAUAAAUGGGUUGAUUUUGGAUAUCAAGUUUUGUUGAUAUUAUCGAAUAACUUUUUGGGGUUUGGAUUCGCGGGUAUCUUUAGAAGAUUUGCUGUGUACCCCCCCGAAGCCAUCUGGCCCAGUGUGUUGCCAACUCUUGCUCUAAAUAGAGCAUUGAUGGUCCCUGAAAAAAAAGAAAUCAUUAACGGAUGGAGAAUAUCUAAAUAUAAUUUCUUUUUCAUUACAUUUGCUGCCAGUUUUGUUUACUUCUGGAUUCCUACCUAUCUUUUCGCUGCUUUGUCAACUUUCAAUUGGAUGACUUGGAUCAAACCUUAUAAUUUCAACUUGGCCGCCAUAACUGGAACUAAUUUUGGAUUGGGAUUGAAUCCAAUCCCUACUUUUGACUGGAAUGUGAUUAAUACUAAUUCACCUUUGGUUCUUCCAUUUUUCACCCAAAUUAACAACUAUAUCGGAGUCUUGAUUGGCUUUAUUGCGAUUGUAGGUGUCUACUGGUCCAACUACAAAUGGACAGGCUUCCUACCAAUCAAUUCAAAUGCUGUUUUCACUAAUACUGGUGAACCGUAUGCUGUCACAGAAGUAGUGGACGGAAAUAGUUUGCUUGAUAAUGAGAAGUACCAACAAUACAGUCCACCAUUUUAUACUGCUGGAAACUUAGUGGUUUAUGGUGCCUUCUUUGCUAUCUACCCGUUUUCAAUUGUCUAUGAAAUUGGGAGUAGAUACAAACAGACAUGGAAAGCACUCAAGAGUGUUUACAGUAGUGUUAGAGAUUUCAAGAGAGGCGCAUACGAAGGAUUUGAUGAUCCUCACUCUAAGAUGAUGACUGCUUAUAAGGAGGUUCCCGAUUGGCCCUUCUUUGUGGUCUUGGUAAUAUCUCUCGUUUUAGCAAUCAUCUGUGUAAAGAUUUAUCCUGCUGAAACUCCUGUCUGGGGGUUGUUCUUUGCUUUGGGAAUCAACUUUGUCUUUUUGAUUCCAAUCACUGCCAUCUACUCCAGAACUGGUAUCGGGUUCGGUCUUAAUGUCUUAGUUGAAUUGAUCGUUGGGUAUGCUAUUCCUGGGAAUGGUCUUGCGUUGAACUUCAUCAAGGCAUUUGGUUACAAUAUUGAUGGUCAAGCUCAAACCUAUAUUACUGAUCAGAAGAUGGCCCACUAUGCAAAAAUUCCUCCUAGAGCACUUUUUAGAGUUCAGAUUCUUGGAGUUUUCAUCGCGUCCUUUGUUCAACUUGGUAUCUUGAAUUUUGUUCUUACUAAUAUUGAUAAUUAUUGUGAUCCUCACAAUAAGCAAAAGUUUACUUGUGCAGGGUCUAGGACUUUUUACAGCGCUUCUAUUCUUUGGGGUGUUAUUGGUCCGAAGAAGGUGUUCAAUGGUCUUUACCCUAUCUUACAAUACUGCUUCUUAAUUGGAUUCUUAAUUGCAAUCCCAGCUGUCGUAUUUAAGUUUUAUGCUCCAAGAAAGUACACUAAGUCUUUCGAACCUUCAGUUGUAAUUUUAGGAGUUAUGAGCUUUGCUCCUACCAACCUCACAUAUUAUACCGGAGGCUUAUAUGCAUCUAUUGCUUUUAUGUACUAUGUGAAGACUAGAUAUGAGGCAUGGUGGCAGAAGUACAACUACCUCUUGUCUGCUGCUUUGACGGCUGGUGUUGCUUUUUCCGCUAUCAUCAUUUUCUUUGCUGUGCAAUACCAUGAUAAGAGUAUUAACUGGUGGGGUAACAUUGUUCCUUACGAGGGGAUCGAUGGUGGCUACGGACAGCAAUCCAGGUUAAACGUUACAGAGCUAGCACCAGAUGGAUAUUUUGGUCCAAGAAUUGGAAAUUUCCCUUGA